AUGCCUCUCUCCGCAGUGCUCCUCGACAUUGAGGGUACAAUAUGCCCAAUUGUGUUUGUAAAGGAGGUUUUGUUCCCUUAUUUUCUUCAGCAGGUGGAAACCCUUCUCAAAUCGGAGGAUCCUAAGGUUCAAAAGUUACUAAGAGACUUUGGCGUCGAUGAUGUCGAAUCCCAUAUUCGCCGUCUGGUGUCGCACGAUAUCAAGGAUCCCAUCUUAAAACAACUGCAGGGCCUGGUCUGGAAUGACGGCUACGCCGGUGGCCAACUAGCUGCACCCGUCUACGCAGAUGCUAUCAAGUAUAUCCAGACUACCGACCGAUCCGUCUAUAUUUAUUCCAGUGGCUCUGUUCAAGCACAGAAACUACUCUUACAAUAUGUGAGCGCCGCAGAUAAGAGUAUCGACUUGCGGCCACACAUCAAAGACUAUUACGACAUUAAAACAACCGGCAUCAAGACAGAUCCCGCAUCCUACUCGAAAAUCAUCCAAGAAAUUGGAUGCAAACCAGAAGAAGUUCUGUUCAUCAGUGACAACACGUCCGAACUUGAUGCUGCGCAAGAAUGUGGUAUGCAGACAAAAUUAGCCAUACGGCCUGGCAACUACCCUGUAGACAAUGCAUCCGACUACGACACCAUCACAGAUUUUGGUGAACUCUCCCAGUAA